UUGUAUCAACUUUUAUCAGUGCUACAUAGCUAAUAGGAAACCAAACCAUUAGGAAACUUAUUUCUUUUCUGCUUAGUUUUAGCUUUAUUUUUUAUACUUUCUAAUGUUGUAUGCUGUUCCUUACAAUGUUAUCAAAGGAGACAAACAGCAUUGGCUGCAGUAAUGUUUCUACAGCAUUGUGUAUGGCUGUGUACUUCAGCAAAACAAACACUUGGGAGAGAUCCCCUCGUUUGUUAUAGCUCUUAGUGAAUACGUAAAUCUGCUCUUGACAGGAAACCCCAUGGAUUUGCAGGGUUAGGUUGUAUCCUUGCUUUUCCAUGAUGUCACUAUCUCAGAGUAUCAGAUAAUCUCAGAGGGAGAAGCCCACUGUACUUCUCAGUGAAAAUGUAGUAUACAAGAGACUAUAUCCACAGCAACAAAGAGAGAUGUAAAAUGACACAACUGGUAACAAGUGGGUGAAAACUGUGUCGUUUCUCCGAUUGAGAUCCAUUUCCAUAAAAAGGAAACAACCUUGGCGGGCUGAUAAAUCGGAGUGGUAACUCAAGGAAGCCUGAAAUUCGCACCUGAUCUGGGGAGUAACCGAACACCCCUAGGAGGACCAGUGCUUUUUCAGUAACCUGAGUCCGUCACCUGAGCCAAUCUUCCCCUGCUCUGUGUUCCCCUGUCAGGAGACGCCUCUGAAUCCCUUCCAAAGGUACGUCCAGUCCUCGGCUCGGCAGGUGCUUUCGCUCUGUUUUGCGCAGUGUACCCAGCACGGCUGGAAGUGGAACCUUUCAGCCUUCAAACGGAGCACCCCUCUGAAGUCCUGGGUCUUCCAAACCGCCCCUCCCUGCUGCACCCCCAUGAAGGCAUGUCAGACAUCCCACCCUGGAAGGACCAGGAGCACAGUGAAUGGAGCUAUCCACCCACAAACAUCCAGAGAGUCUGGAUCUCCCUCAUAGCAGACCGACUGUAUUUUGCAACCUUAAGAAGCAAACCAAAAAGCACUGCAAACACGCACUAUUUCUGCACGGAUGACGAAUUUGUGUAUGAGAAUUUUUACGCCGAUUUCGGCCCCCUAAACCUGGCGAUGCUGUACAGAUACUGCUGUAAACUCAACAAAAAGCUGAAGUCCUUUACACUGACCCGAAAGAGGAUUGUUCACUACACCAGCUUCGAUCAGCGGAAGAGGGCUAACGCCGCUGUUUUAAUUGGUGCCUAUGCUGUCAUCUACUUAAAGAAGAGCCCAGAGGAGGCCUACCGAGCGCUCAUCUCCGGCUCCAACGCGUCCUACCUGCCCUUCCGGGAUGCCUCGUUUGGAAACUGCACGUACAACCUGACCAUUCUUGAUUGUUUGCAAGGCAUCCGGAAGGCCCUGCAGCACGGGUUCUUCGACUUCGAGACCUUCGACGUGGACGAGUAUGAGCAUUACGAGCGCGUGGAAAACGGGGACUUCAACUGGAUAGUUCCAGGAAAACUCCUGGCUUUCAGCGGACCACACCCGAAAAGUAAAAUAGAAAAUGGCUACCCCCUCCAUGCUCCGGAGGCCUACUUCCCUUACUUUCGCAAGCACAACGUGAUGACCGUGGUGCGCCUCAACAAGAAGAUCUACGACGCCAAGCGCUUCACGGACGCCGGGUUCGACCACUACGACCUGUUCUUCGUGGACGGCAGCACGCCCAGCGACAUCAUCACCCGCCGCUUCCUGCACAUAUGCGAGAGCACCGACGCCGCCGUCGCCGUCCACUGCAAGGCGGGGCUGGGGCGCACCGGCUCGCUGAUUGGCUGCUACCUGAUGAAGCACUACCGCUUCACCGCUGCCGAGGCCAUCGCCUGGAUACGCGUCUGCAGGCCCGGCUCCAUCAUCGGCCCCCAGCAGCACUUCCUGGAAGAGAAGCAGGCCUCUCUCUGGAUGCAGGGGGACGUGCAGCGCUCCAAGCACAAGCAGCGGCUGGCCGAAGACCGGGGCGUGUCCCGCGUCAUCUCCGGCAUGGACGACCUGACCAUCAGCGCCUCCAUAUACAAGUCCCAGAGCAUGGACCGCAUGGAGGAGAAUGACUACGGGGAGAACGGGAUGUGCAUGACUCAGGGAGACAAACUGCGCGCCUUAAAGGGGCGGAGGCAGCCCCGCUCCGCCACCACUGGAGCUCUGAGGCUGGAGGACAUGAAGAUGCACACCAGGUCUCCAUCGCAGCCUUUCAGGAUGAACCCGGCGGUGCCUGGCCCCGGCUCCAUCUCCCCCCUCAAGUCCUCCAAAGUGCCCCCCUCCGCGUCCGCCACCGCCAAGAGGAUCGCCCGCCCGCCCUCCUCCGCCUCCAACCUCAAGAGCUUCUCCAUAAACUCCAGGUUAGCCAGCUCUUUAGGCAACCUGUACGCCGCGGACGAGGACGCGCAGGGGAAAGGCAAGCCGCCCGCUCCCUCCUUCCCAUCAUCCUCUCCUCCCAACGCCCCGCCCCCGAUGCGGACGGGCUUCGGCCUCGGCUACGCCAACGGCGGCCCGCUGCCGCCGCCCGCCCGAAAUUACCACUAUGAGGUCAACAACAAUCAGUAUAGCCCUCCCUCCUCCGCCGCCGCCGCCGUCGUCGCCGCGGCGACCCCCGCCAACCCCGGCGGCCCCAGCAAAGGCGCGGCCUUCAGCCACCCGGGGAGGGCGGGGGCCGAUGAGUUCGCCCACUACCGGCCCCCGGGGUACCCUGGGCUGGCCGCGCCCUCCACGCGCUACCUCAGCCGCUCCAUUCCCUCCCUUCAGUCUGAGUAUGUUCAGUACUAAAGGGGCGUUGCUGCAGUGAAGGCGAGCCGGCCCCCAGGCGAUCCGCUGACCACGCCCGUCCUGUACGAGUCCACCGGACCUUGACCCCCCCCCCCCCCCCGCAACCUCCAUGCCCGCCCCUCCCGGGAUCCCACCCCACUGCACGCUGCUUCUCACUUCGAAAGGAAAGGGAAACGAGUAAACAGGGAGUUGCCGGAUGCACAUUCCCAUCUCUCCACGGCCGGAGGGGUCGCCGUCGGCAACCCUCGUCCACGGCCGAUGUCUGUGUCUCUGGUGGAAUCCGAUUGGACGGGGCAAACGGCAGCUCCAGACCUCCGAGGGCUAUCGGAAAAGGACCGCGCUUUUGUCCGCCUCAAGUCCUGAUGGGUAAAUGACUGAUUGGAUUCGCUCUUGGGGAUAGUCACAUGACUGUUUUACUUCUCAGCGUUUACAGCGCUGGUGAUUUGAAAGGCCUGCUCUCGCAUUGCCCAGCAUGCUUUGUGUGCUGUGGCCUAUACUGUACGUGAACGCUCCUUCCUCUUAAAGUGCUGAGCUGUAACCCUCCCGCGCACUCCUGCUGUUAACACAGCUCGGCUGUCCCGCUUUUGUAUAUUUCUUACCUUCUUUCUAAUGUAAGCACACACACUUGAGUACUGAAAAAGAGGAUAUUUUUAGACAUGGAUUUUAUACUGUCUACAUAACAUAUUUUAAGCUUGGAUAACAAAUAUAUAUAUAUAUACAUGUGUUUUAUAUAUGAAUUGUAUUUCAGGGUUUGAAAAGACCUUUUUUAAUGUCUUUGUUUUUUUGAAGUGUGCUCUGAUUGGUGUAUAAAGACGUGUAGGCUACAGGGGGUGGGGACUGGACGCUCCGGACCCCCGUUUCUUAUCAGCCGUGUGUUUUGAGAGCCCGUGCUCUGGCGGCGAAGUGAAAAUGGGAUUUUUGAAGGUGUUUGGGCCCGCGCUAUGUUCUGCCAGAGGGAGUGUGAGCACUGCCUGGACAGGCCUUCCCAGGUCAGAGCCUGCAUGGGGGGGAGAGAGGAGGAGGAGCGUCCUCUUCCUCACUGUCAGAAGCCCAUAGGUACCCUAUAGCAUGCCUACCAUUUCACCACCAUUUUUUCCCCCCUGUGCGGUCCCGUCCAGCAGAGAUUAGCUGUCUCUUGCUGUGCCUCAAACGCACGCCCUGUCUCUCCCAGGACAGCGCCGGCGAUGAACUCGGUACAUUCUGAGUUCCGUGCUCCGAGCUGCCCUACUGCGCGCGCUUGCGUACGCACCGCCGGGCCCCAUACGGGGCUUGUGCGGUCUGACACACGGUUUCAUACCUCCAGUCUGGAAAAGGAAUCUCAGCGCGUCGACGAACGGACACGUACGUCACACCCCGGAACAGAUGGGACCAAUGAGAACGCACACCUAAAUUCCUGUGUGUUCUCGUGGGCUCGCGCCUGAUGAAACAGUUAGCAGCAAUAAGGGGGGGUGGGGUGGGGUGGGGGGGGGGGUGACCAUGCGCGCAGAUGAGAAUGAGCGCUUUGUCUGUAGGCUUCACAGAAAUGGGUAGUGAUGCCUGGCGCGGUUUCGGUGAUGAUGCACUAGCUUCCUCCGAACCUGCACUUCCCCUCUCUUUCUUUGGAACUAGCGCUGAGCCCAAAUCACUCGAAUCCUCACACAGACAAGACGCCACAGAAUGUAAUAACAAUCUGUGAAAGGACUGCGUGGCUUUCUGCUGGUUUUCAAGCACAGAUUUUUAUGGUCUUACUCUGCGACAUGCUUUGAACUUAUUGCCUUGAUUAUGACGGCGCAUUUUUUGGCACGCGCGACCAAUUAUGAGUGAGGCGUGGUCUUUCCUCCCCCCCAUCUUUAUGAUUGAAUUACGGCAAACGACAAAUGUCAAAACCAAUUUCAGUUCAAACUUGUUUGUCAAGAGUCCUUUGAGAAUGUAAAAAUAAAAAGGACGGUGGUUGGUAGGGUGCUUUCUGGUGGCAGAAGUUAAAAUGUUAACUCUCGUGAGGGAAUGUUUACAGUAGAAUUACAAUGAAACUGUUUUGUGUAAUACCCCCCCAAAAUUUUUUUGAAGGUUAUUUCAGUUACGUAACAUUGUCACACCCGUUACGCAGUCUUAAUAGCAACUGUGAGCACCCCCCAUUAACAAAUGGGAACUGUAAUGGGCUUUAUCUUAAAUCUUAUUUUAAGAACUUUUAACUAAAACAUUAUGUACCUGAAUAUGUCAAAAACAUAGCCUUGUUCUCUUUUUGUUGUUUAACUUUUCAUGUGUCACCUAAAACAAGGGUACUGAAGCUUCUCGUUUAGUAUUUAAGGGUGUUAGUGGAUCAGUUUGACUCCCCUUGUGGCACACUGUACAUUCCAAGCAAUGUAAUGCUUUUCUGUUUAUAAAGUGGGAGAAUCUAUUUGAUGCAAGCAUUCUACCUCCUCAAACAGAGAAUAGCUGUAAAAUACUAUUGCAUAUAUUUUUUCACGCGGUGUGUAUAGAAAAUAUAACCACAUUACUGUAGAUCAGUAUUUUUUUCUCCAUAACAGCAUAUACAAAAUAUAUAAACAUAUAGUAAGAUACUAAUGUAUUUACUGUAUGUAUAUUUUAAAAUACAAUGUAAAGAAAACGGAAAAGGAAAUAAUGAAAUAAAACGC